AUGGCCACCUUGAACCACACUGGGGUUAGCCACACAGUCUUUUACUUGCUGGGCAUCCCUGGCCUAGAGGACCAGCACAUGUGGAUUUCCAUCCCCUUCUUCAUUUCUUAUGUCAUCGCACUGCUUGGGAACAGCUUUCUUAUCUUCGUCAUCCUUAGUAGGCACAGCCUCCAUGAACCCAUGUACCUCUUUCUCUGUAUGCUGUCUGGAACAGAUAUUGUCCUCUCUACCUGCACGGUACCUCAGGCAUUGGCCAUCUUCUGGUUCAAUGCUGGGGAGAUAUUCCUGGAUCGCUGCAUAACUCAGCUCUAUUUCAUCCAUUCCACCUAUAUCUCCGAGUCAGGAAUCUUGUUGGUGAUGGCAUUUGACUGCUACAUUGCCAUAUGCUACCCACUGAGAUACACGACUAUACUUACAAACAGCCUGAUUGGGAAAAUUGGCCUGAGUGUUAUUCUCAGAGGUUAUGGCACAAUUUUCCCCAUAAUAUUUCUUUUGAAACGACUGACUUUUUGCAGAAAUAACAUUCUUCCACACACUGGUUGUGAGCACAUGGGCUUGGCCAGAUAUUCCUGCGAUGACAUCCAUGUGAACAUCUGGUAUGGUUUGUUUGUCUUAAUGUCGACAGUGGUCUUAGACGUUGUGUUAAUUUUUAUUUCUUAUAUGCUUAUUCUUCGUGCUGUCUUCCACAUUCCUUCCAAAGAUGCUGUCCAAAAGGCUCUCAACACAUGUGGCUCCCAUGUUUGUGUCAUCAUCCUCUUUUAUGGCCCAGGCUUCUUCUCAGUCCUCUCUGGGCGGUUUGGACAUCACAUUUUACCCUAUAUUCAUGUUCUGCUUUCCAAUGUCUGCAUUCUAGCAGCACCAAUGCUAAAUCCCAUCGUUUAUGGGAUUAAGACCAAACAGAUUCGGGACCAGGUGGCAAAUAUGUUAUUUGCAAAAGUUGUAUGA